UCCUCUCCCACUGCCCAAUUCAUAUUAUGUGAAAUGUUCCAUCUGGAAAAAUCCCAAAUUGAUGCUGUUCCUAAACUACUAUAGCUACUACUGAAUUCAGCUCUAGCUGGAUGACCGGAUGGAUAUGUUGGAUUUCUAAUGUAGGGGAUUUUGAUCUCUGACUAAUUGGGCUUUUACAUAUAAGUUUUCUUAAUAUUGAAGUGCUACAUUGCGAUGGCUGCUGUUAGAUUUUCACGUUUAAGAUCACUUUGUUAUUCUGCAAAAUUCGUGGACUCAUUUGACGUCAGACGCACAUCUGCUUUUGGAACCCGAAAUUAUUACAGUAGAUAUUGCAGAGAAUCGGGGUUUAAGUUGAAUCCUAUUUGCAGUGGAUUGGGAAUCACGGGUUUGGACUCUGCUGUUGGUAAUGGUUAUAGUAGGGGAAAGUAUACUAGUCCCUCUGGGUCCAGCUUCUCGAAUUUGGCUAUAAGAAGUAGUGCCCCUUUUGGUGGAGUUGGUCCUAUGUUGAAUUGUCGGUCAUAUUCGUCUAGUGCCAAUAGCCAAGAUGGUAGCUCGCAAGUUCCAGCUGCUGCUUCAGGUGAUGGUGGUUCUAGUGCAAGUGAUUGGACGGAGAAAGUUAAAGAGAUAUGGAACUCUACCGUAGAUGCUGUGACAUAUACAGGAGAAAAGGCUAGAGAGGCGUCAAGUGAAGUCACUCCUCAUGUUCAGCAAUUGCUAGAUACACAUCCGUAUCUGAGGGAUGUGGUUGUUCCUGCUGGUGGAACUUUGAUGGGGACGUUAUUAGCUUGGAUGGUUUUGCCAAGUGUUUUGAGGAGAUUUCAUAAGUACUCAACACAAGGUCCAGCGGCUUUGUUAUCUGGAAGCUCAUUGUGGGGGCCUGUUCCUUAUGAGAACAGUAUUUGGGGUGCUUUGGAGAAACCAGUUCGAUAUCUUGUAACCUUCAUGGCAGUUUCUCAGAUUGCUGUCAUGGUGGCACCAACAACUAUCGCAGCACAAUACAUUGCUCCAGCUUGGAGAGGUGCAAUUAUUCUUUCAUUUAUCUGGUUCCUGAAUCGAUGGAAGACUAAUGUCAUUACUCGAGCUUUGGCUACUAAGAGUGGAGUUGACAGAGACAAUUUGCUAACCUUGGAUAAAAUCUCUUCUGUUGGAUUAUUUGUCCUUGGAUUGAUGGGUUUAUCUGAGGCAUGUGGAGUGGCUGUACAGUCUAUUCUAACUGUAGGAGGCAUAGGAGGAGUGGCUACUGCUUUUGCUGCUAGAGACAUCCUUGGGAAUGUACUCAGUGGGCUAUCUGUACAGAUCUCGCGACCCUUUUCAAUAGGAGAUACGAUAAAAGCAGGUUCCGUGGAAGGUCAGGUGAUAGAUAUGGGUCUAACAACUACAUCAUUGCUGACUUCAGAAAAAUUUCCUGUGAUAGUCCCAAAUUCUCUUUUUUCCAGUCAGGUGAUUGUAAAUAAAUCGCGUGCUCAAUGGCAAGCUGUCACAACAAAAAUCCCUGUCCAAAUUGGUGACUUUGAUGUGAUUCCAAAGAUUUCGGAAGAUAUAAAGAUUAUGCUCAGAUCCAAUUCGAAUGUGUUCUUGGAAAAGGAAGCACCAUAUUGUUUCUUGUCUAGGGUGGAAAGAUCAUUUGCAGAACUUACUAUUGGGUGCAAUCUAAAAGCGAUGGGUAAAGAACACUUCUUCGCCACCCAGCAGGAUGUUCUUCUUCAGUCAGUUAAGAUAAUCAAGCAACAUGGCGCUUCACUUGGUAAUUACGCGGAAGAUACUAGCUACUAGCAAAUUAGCUUUAAAAAGAAACCUUACCACUGAUUUUAGGCCAUUACAGUUUUAGUUUGCUGCAUGUUCGACUCGUUGUAUAGAGGUUUGUUUACACUGGAUUCCGAAGUGCAGGGUCCGAGAAAAAGCUGUGCUUCUAGGAACAACGGUGCUAUGGUGUGCUAUAGUGCCAUUUCUGCUUGAGAAGAAAAUUUACAUUAUCAACAUGUUUACAAACUAUUGCAGAUGCUCUUUCCCAGCA